AUGUCUGGUCCGCAGAAGGGCGGCGCGCGCGCGCGGCCGGCGGUGGUGGACGCCGGCGGGGCUCGGGAGAUGGACUCGCCGCGGUUCCGCGCGAUCCUGCGCGCCACGAGCAGCCGCCGGAAGCGCGCGCCCGACGUGAAGAGCUUCUCGCACGAGCUCAGCGCGGGCGGCGGCGUCCCGGGCAUGCGCAAGAUGGUGCGCGGCGGCGGGCUCGGCGCCACCGCCCCCGAGGAGUUCAUCGGCGCCAUCCGCACCAAGUUCAUCCGCCUCAAGGAGGAGGUGGACAGCGAGCUGGGCGUCUUCGCGGGGGACCUCGUCGGCGCGCUGGAGCGGGGCGACGAACCGGAGGACCGCCGCCUCGCGCUCGAGGACCUGCUGGUGGCGGCGCAGCGGUGCGCCGAGAUGAGCCCCGAGGAGUUCUGGACCCACUGCGAGGGCAUCGUCCAGGGCCUCGACGACCGCCGCCAGGAGCUCCCCGCCGGGUUCCCCAAGCAGGCGCACACCCGCAUCCUCUUCAUCCUCACGCGCUGCACCCGCCUCCUCCAGUUCCGGAAGGAGGCCGCCGCCGCCGGCUGCCGCUACGUCGACGAGGACGGCAAGCAGCACGUGCUCGGCCUGCACCAGCUCAGCGACCUCGGGCUCUUCCCGUUCCGCGUCGACGCCGGGGACCUCGGCCGCAAGAGCACCUCCAGCCUCACCGAGCUCAAGGAGCGCCUCAUCAGGCGCCGGAUGCUCGAGCACAAGCACCUCACCAUCGACUUCUCCCCGGCGAGGAUCUUCUCGUCCGGGGACGGAGCUGCUGACCACUCCCCCUCCGGCAAGAUGUCGUCAUGGAAGAAGCUGCCUUCCCCCGCCGAGAAGAACAGCAGCAAGAACGCCGGCGGCGCCGACCCCACCAAGGCCGCAGCCGCCGCCGACGAGAAGAAGAAGCCCAUCAUCACCCGGCAGCAGGGCAAGGCGAGCGUGGACGAGAUCGUGGAGCGCGUGGACGCGGCGAGCAUCCACCCCGACGGCCUGGCGUGCCUGGGCGGCGCCGCGGUGAACCUGGAGGUCCCGUCCCAGUACCCGGAGGCGCAGCAGAUCAUCGUCGACGGCAAGCCGCGGAUGAUCUGCCGCAUCUGCGACUUCGAGAUCCCCAUGGCGUGCGCCGAGGGCCACUUCGUCGUGUGCACGCUCGCCGACCGCUGCGACGCCAAGGGCCACACCGCCGACCAGCGCCUGCUUCGUGUCGCCGAGGUGCUCGACCGCGUGCUCGCCUCCUUCGAGUCCCGCAGCCCGCUCGCGGGCGACCGGGCGAGCUCGUCGUCCGAGUCCGACGCGUCCUUCUCCAACGCCGACCACGACGCCCUGUCGCACCUCCUGACCGUGCCCUCCGCCGAGCUCUUCUCGGAGGGCGCGCUGACGCCGGCGUCGGGGAGCCUGCCACAGUCCCCGCUGCUGACGCCGCGGUCGAGCCACGCCGAGUCGCAGCUGACCAAGCACAAGGCGUUCGCGGAGCUGGAGAACUUCCAGCAGAUCGAGAGCCUGCUGGCCAUCGCCCGCGGCAUCGAGGGCAUCAAGAGCUCCGAGUACAACUCGCUCGAGGACCUCAGCUCCUACCUCGAGGACCUCAACGCCGUCAUCGACACGCGCAAGGUCGACGCCCUCGUCGUCGAGACCUUCGGCCGGAGGAUCGCCAAGCUCCUGCAGGAGAAGUUCAUGCAGCUGUGCGGGCAGAUCGACGACAUGAACACCGCCGACCAGCUGCACCCGAUCGACGAGGACGGGCCCAUGGAGAACAGCGUGAGCUCGCGGACGAGCCAGGCGCUGAACGGGAACACCAACAAGUUCAAGGACCGGACGUCGAUCGAGGACUUCGAGAUCAUCAAGCCCAUCAGCCGCGGCGCGUUCGGACGCGUCUUCCUCGCCAGGAAGCGGGUGACGGGCGACCUCUUCGCCAUCAAGGUGCUCAGGAAGGCGGACAUGAUCCGGAAGAACGCCGUGGAGAGCAUCCUGGCGGAGCGCGACAUCCUCAUCUCCGCGCGCAACCCCUUCGUCGUCCGCUUCUUCUACUCCUUCACCUGCAGGGAGAACCUGUACCUCGUCAUGGAGUACCUCAAUGGCGGGGACCUCUACUCCCUCCUCAGGAACCUCGGGUGCCUCGACGAGGACAUGGCCAGGACGUACAUCGCUGAGCUCGUUCUUGCAUUGGAGUACCUGCAUUCCAUGAAUGUGAUCCACCGCGACCUGAAGCCUGACAACUUGUUGAUCGGUCGCGAUGGCCAUAUAAAGCUGACCGAUUUCGGGCUAUCAAAAGUUGGCCUGAUCAACAGCACGGACGACCUGUCGGGCCCAGACGUGAGCAGCGUCCUCGUCGGCGAUCAUCAGCCGGCGGACGCGGAGCAACGCGCGCAGCAGCGGCAGCAACGCCAGAAGCAGACGGCCGUGGGCACGCCGGACUACCUGGCGCCCGAGAUCCUGCUGGGCAUGACCCACGGUCCGACUGCAGAUUGGUGGUCAGUUGGCAUCAUUCUCUUUGAGCUGCUUGUGGGCAUUCCUCCCUUCAAUGCCGAGCACCCACAGAUAAUAUUCGACAACAUAAUGAAUCGAGAAAUACCUUGGCCACAUGUACCGGAGGAACUGAGUUUCGAAGCGUAUGACUUGAUUGACAAGCUGCUUAUGGAAAACCCGGUGCAAAGAUUAGGCGCGACCGGUGCCGGAGAGGUAAAGGCUCAUCCGUUCUUCAAAGACAUCAACUGGGAUAUGCUUGCCAGGCAAAAGGUUGCAUUUAUCCCUUCCACAGAUGAUGAGUACGACACGAGCUACUUCGCCUGCCGCCACGCCUGGGGCACCACCGAUGAGCAUGUCAAUGCGCCCUGCAACGAGUACGACGACAGGAGCGAGACCAGCAGCAUGAGCUGCUGCAGCAGCCCACACAGUUGUGACUACGAGGAAGAUGGCGAUGAGUGUGGCAGCAUGGAAGAAUUCGGCGCGCCGUUGUCGGUGAAGUAUUCUUUCAGCAACUUCUCAUUCAAGAACAUCUCCCAGUUAGCAUCGAUGAACUACGAUCUGAUAACGAAGCACAACGAGGACCCUUUACAGUCUUCGAAAUCCUGAGAGCAUGGAUUCACUAGAGCAGCAUAUGAUAUCCCCCACAAGCCACAAGUUCUUCUAGUCAGGGACUGCACCUCCUCAACACGCUCUGAUCGAUGAUGCGGUGAGGAGGAAAUGAACCAGCAAACAUUUCAUCCGGAACUUGCUCGGACCAGUUAGCGAGCGGAUUAGGAGAUCCAUUUCUAUGGUGAAACGCAUGCUUUAUCUGAAGAAGGGAAAAAAUAUACAAAUGCAUGCUGAAUGACCAAGAGAAGUAGUGGUGAGAUGAAGCAUGCACAGUGCUGGUAAGCGAAGGCUUUGCGCUGAGGCCAUUAUCAGAAGAUAGGACGGUAUCAUGACAUCCACUGUUGUGAUCUCUGGCAACUGGUUGUAGAUGCAUACCUUGUCUGUAGAGAGAUACCAUAGAACUUUGUGAUAG